AUGAAUUUUGGGACACAAUUGAGUCUGGAGAUUCAUAAUGGUGCUGCUGAAGAUAUCGAAGUAUUUAGUGUGGAUGGAGUGCUUCUAUCAACAGAAGAUGUUCAAGCUGCAUGGCAACAGCUACAUGAAAUCAAAAAUGACCUAGAAACUUCAGAUCUCCUGGAUGGUGAUGAUAGACCGAGUUACAAUGACACAAAUGAAUAA